AUCCAAAUUAUUCUUUCUUUAUAGUCCUUGAAAGAUCAUCUCUAUAGUUACUUGCACACAACGGAUUGGUGAAUCAUCAUUUUUCAUGCUGCUUAUAAUCCGUAAAAGGCUUGGGCUGGUGGGUCCACAUGACCCAAUAAGGAGCGAUGGUGAUGUCAUAAUUUACGUCAGAUGUCGUCACCAAAUCAUGCGGGAGGCUCCUUCACUUUAAAGACUUUUCCCUUGGAAUCAAAAGUCAAUCUCUUAAGCUACGCCCUCAUAUUUUAAUAACCUACUAUGUGGUCCACGCGCAGAUUCAUAAAAUACGAGAGGAUUUAUACAUAUACAUUAUUUUACGUACACAGUUAUAUAAAAGAGAAGAAGAAGAAUACAUAGAAAAUGUUACAAUAGUACUUGUUUAUUAUCAUUAUUUUCAAGAUUUUAUUCCAUAACUUGAGGUCGAUAUAUAAUACCAUUUGUAUAUCAUAUACUACUAUUAUCCAAGUAGUGUAGGGAUCUAAAGUAUUUUUUGAUCGAUUCUAAGAAAUAACUGUCUCACCGUUUUAUAAAGUUUUAUGAAGUCAAUGUUGAAGUUUUCUUCAGAAGUAUUAAAAAGAUUUUGUUACCCCGUUUCUUGGUUUUACGUGCAAUUUUGUUUUUAUGUCACAUUGGUUUCAUAAUUCAGACAGAAUAGCCUGGAUUCAAUUUGUUUGGUUUAUCUAAAAAUUCAUUUGCUUUGGUUUAAGUUUAUCUGAAUUUAAAAUCACUAUGAAGCAUGCAUAGCAUAUCAGCAUAUGAGUAUCAUGAAUCUAUUGCGAAGCUGACGAAACGUUAUUUUUCAUCUAUAAUAUUUGAGUAUGUACGUACAUUCAGACAAUUCAAUAUAGUGGUAAAUAAUGAAUAGAGACAAUUAGACAGUUAAGUUAGUUAGGAGAUUAGGUAUCCUAUCGUUGAAACUUUUUUUAAAAGCACCCAAAGAACAAUUCAAGAAGAAUUAUUAUUAAGAACCAACUAGCAUUGUUGGAUUAAAAAAAUUGUAUUUUCGCUUCAUAUCCACAAAAACCAACUAGUAGUUUCUGUAAUGUCAACUAGUUUUUUCGCUCAUCAUAUCAUGAUAGUUCGUCAAUAAGUUGUUCCAUUUAUAUUUUCAUAUUGAUUGAUUUAGUUCCAUAGGUAAGGACUAGUUCUUGUCAUGCUACAAGAAGUCAUAGAAAAUAUUAAAUACAUAUAUCUAUUGAUGGAUUAAUUACACAGGCCGAAAUUUUAAAAUCUACAGCGGCAGUUUAUAAUUGACAGUCAAUCACCCUUUGAAACUUAUUUUCAAUCCUUAAUAUUGACAUUCACCAAUUUGAAGAUAUUGUUCUUUUUUACGAAAUUAAGAUACUGUUUUGUUCAAACUUUUAAAGCUGAGAAUAGAAAAAAUCAAUUUUUUUUUAUACAAUUCAUCUCCUCUUUGGUUUGGAAAUUUAUCUUCAUGGUAUAGAAGAGGUGGUUGGUUAGGUUUUUGUCUUCUCUGCCGCUGCUCUUGCAAGUGUAAUCUCUAAUCUCGUCUAUAUGCGAUUAUCUCUUCCUUUAUCCCUUAACUGAAAAAGUUGCUUAGCGCUUACGUGUCUUUACUACAUCACCAAAAAAUACGGAAAGAAAAGAAAAUAAACAAUCCUUGGUUUUAAUUAUUCUUUUUUUAAUUUCAUAGCUCUUAUUUUUCUUGUGUAUAAAUAAAGCCAUUUUCUUACUUUUUCAUAGUUUAAUUUUCAUUUUCCUGAAACUGUUUAGCUCCUCAAAAUUCUCCAACCUUUGCUUCUUCUUCCAUCUUUCUUCAACGCCUUUCCUUCUUCUUUAACGCCGACGUGUGUCUGCAAUAAAACACAUAGAUUCCUCGAUCGAUCUCCCUUUCCUCAGAACGUUUAAUACUUUGUUAAUUUUCAAGAAUUUCCUUAUCGUUAUCUUUCUUGUUUAAAGUUUAAACAUACAUAUAUAGAGAUGGUGGAAGAAGUAGGUGCAGUUGUGAACCAAGGAGGAGAUCAUGAGGUGGUGGAUUUGCCUCCGGGGUUUCGGUUUCAUCCAACUGAUGAAGAGAUCAUAACUCACUACCUUAAAGAGAAAGUCUUCAACGUCCAGUUCACCUCGGCUGCAAUUGGUCAAGCCGACCUUAACAAGAACGAGCCUUGGGAUCUACCAAAAAUUGCAAAGAUGGGAGAGAAGGAGUUUUACUUCUUUUGCCAGCGGGAUAGGAAGUACCCGACCGGUAUGAGGACGAACCGUGCAACCCUGUCGGGUUACUGGAAAGCGACGGGGAAGGACAAGGAGAUCUUUAGAGGCAAAGGUUGUCUUGUUGGGAUGAAGAAAACACUUGUGUUCUAUAGAGGAAGAGCUCCAAAAGGUGAAAAGACCAAUUGGGUUAUGCAUGAGUUUCGUCUUGAUGGCAUAUAUUCUUAUCACAAUCUCCCUAAAUCUUCAAGGGAUGAAUGGGUGGUGUGUAGGGUUUUCCACAAGAACGCUCCUCCUCCCACUACUAUUACUACUACUACAAACCAACUCAUAAGGAUUGAAUCUCUUGACAACAUUGAUCAUCUCUUAGACUUCUCAUCUCUCCCUCCUCUCAUCGAUCCAGGUUUCAUGGGUCAACCCGGUCCAAGCUUGUCAGGUUCCGGCCAACAAAACAACCUCAAACCCAUCCUCCAUCACCCUCCAACUGCAGCGAUCGACAACACUUACUUCCCUGCCCAAACCGUCAAUCACACUUACCACUCGGUCCCAAGUUCUGGAUCCGGUUUGGUUUACGGGACGGGUUCAGGCAAUAAUAACAACGGCAUGAUAAAGUUGGAGCAUUCUCUUGUGAGUGUGUCUCAAGAAACCGGUUUAAGUUCCGACAUGAACACAACCGCGACGCCAGAGAUAUGUUCGUAUACAAGGAUGGUGAAUUCGGCGGCCAAUGAGGCGAUGAUGGAUGGUAACAAGACGUCGUAUGAUGAUGAUGACUUAGGGAUCUUUUGGGACGACUACAAACUAAUUUGAAGGUUAUUAUUAAUUGUGAAUCUGUGAGAGUGGCAUUGAGUACUUUGUUUUGUGAUUUUAGUCAGGUAAUUAACCUGUUUAUAUAUACCUAAGUUUAUUAGGUUUUCCUAGCUAGGCAAUGAACUUUAGUUAGAAGAUGUUGUUUACUUAGUUUUUAGUUUGGGAGAAAAAGGCUUUGUAAUUCGAACUGUUUUAUUUUGUGAUUAACUUGUACAGAUACACAUAUAAUUCUUCUAUGAUUUAUUUCUUUGUGGUU